AACAGUCUGCCUGAUGGCUCAGAUGGGGCUGCAGAUCCGACUGCAAUCAAAAGAGGCCAAUGGAACCUUCACUGUUCAGCCAAACAAGACCACCCCAUCUGGAUUUUGUAAAGAAACCACGGCCAACCUUACCCUUUCCUUCAAGGAAGGUUUCAUUACCUUCCUCUUCAACAAGAGCGUUGCCAACAACACUGCAUUUGUCAAUGCUCUGUCUUUCUCAGUGACAUCGCUCAAAGGAGGUAACGCAGCAAGUACUGCCAAAAACGAGUCAACCCAUCUGUUUGCUGCAAAGAUCGGACGCUCCUACUCCUGCAGGAAUGAAUCCAUUUACAUGGGAAAUGGACUGUACCUGGAUGUCACUCAAGACAGGCUGCAGGCCUUCAAUGUGUCCAACAACGACUUUGGCACUCCUGACAACUGUGCUGCUGACCAGCCCGAUUACCGCGUUGCCAUCGCGGUGGGAGUGACGCUGCUGGUGCUCAUUGCGGUGGUGGUGAUUGCCUACCUGCUGGGCCGCAAGAAGAGGACCGAUGGCUACCAGUCUCUGUGAGGAGGGGACUGCCCAGAGCUUAUGAAGAAGUCACGAGGUCGAGGACAAAGUAGACUCAGUCAGUGAGGCUGAGAUUUUUUUGGGGGGGUUUAAAGGGAACUUCCACUGAAGCCAAAAAUGCCAUUCUUCUGUCCUUUUUUUGGUCUUAGUUUACCCGAUUUACUGUUAGUAACAGUGUUCUAUCCAGAAGUGCCGGCGUAUGGAGGCAGCAGUGUGCCACUUCGAAGUACUUCAGUGUAAUCAAUAUAAAAUAAAUUAAUGAAUAAAUAAAUUCAAAAAGUUAUUAACUAAUUAAUCAAAUUCACACUGAACAAAUAUCAGCCACCUAAAAGUUUAUCCAAAAUCCAACCCAGAAUGCAGCAUAUGUUUGUGGAAAUCAGGCCAAUAAGAGUUUUAACAUAUGCUGCCCUGUGGGUUGGACUUUUAGGAGACACACUGCUGAACCAUCUUUUUAUUAAAAACCCAAAAUACUUCAAAUUAAAUUGGUCGCUCCUCUACAUUAUAUCUUUUAGAUGUACGUCUUUAGAUUGAAUUCAAUCCAAAAAACACACAUGAAUUGUUAAAAAGAGAAAAGGACAAAAUGAAACUAACUGUUACAGCAAGAAACAAAUUAGUCAUAGAAUUCAAUAGACAGAAAUGCAAAAAGAAAAAAGGGAAAAACAUUUUUUUCUUAUAAAUUUCAUUGAACACAUCCGUUUUUAAUUCAUUUAUUUGAACAAGGAAUUAAGAAACAGGAUGUUAAAUUUGUGUUUUGUUAUGUUUUUUUUUUUUUUGCUUUAAGUUACAUAAUGCAUCAUUUAAAUGUAAAUAAUAAUUUGUUCUAGCUUUUGUUUUAUUUCUACAGUGGCACACUCUAGACACAGUACAGAUGGGUUUAAAAAGGCAAAUACAAAGCAAUAUUUUUUUGAAUUUCAUGAACAAGCACACGUUUAUAUGUGAGAAUUACACAAAGUUCCAAAGUUCCAGAGUUUGUACUUCUAUCAGGACAAAAAUCCUUGACGAGAGAAAGUAUUUCUAAAUUGGAACACUAAAUCUCUGCAUGCUGACAUCCUUAUCGAUAAAAACUGACCAGAAAUGGUUCCUGUUACAACAGACAGCCAUAAUUAGAUCAUUUAAUUUUUGACAUUGACUGACGUGUGUCAUUGUGGAGUAAAGAUCAUAUACAUUUUACGUCUGUUCUGCAUAAAUAUACUUAUUUACUUAACAAAUACACGCUAAAGUUCGUUUAAACUUUUAUUAACUGUUCUAGGAUAGGUGUUCAGUUUUUUUAAUCAGAUCUUGUGUAAUCUGGAUUUUAUUUUUUUAAAAGGGAAACUUAUCCGAUCAGUAACUGCACACGUGAUUGUACUGUAUUAUGCGUUUGAAUUAUUAAUCAGCAAAAAGGGAAAAAUUACACAGAUGCCCUACAUUUAUUUGCACUGAUUGCUGUCCCACCUGAUUGCCUUCAUCUUUCUCAAGUUACAUGUAGCCGAUACUGUGUUUUCAUACAAAUGCAUUGAUAGAGUGUCCAUGUGGGGUCAGUAAUGCGUCUUAUCUGAUGCUGAUUAGAUUUUUAUUUGGUUGUACAUUCGUUACAUCUCAGGAGUCCAUCACUCUUCCCCCACCAAAUCCAUUCUGUUACACUAUACUGCCUUAAAGGAACAGUUUGACAAUUUGAUCUCUGGCUGUUUCCCUGAGCUUUAAUGCUAAGCUAAGCCAACCAUCGCUAGCUUCGUAUAUAAUGGACAAGUGUUUAAGUGGUGUAGAUCCUCCAUGUAACUCUUGACAAGAAUGUAGAACUAGUCCUUUAAAUAUGCAUAACUGACACCGACAUACAGAUUGCAUUGUACAUGAGCUGCAACUGAAAGGCCAUACAAAGGUGAUUGCGCUGGUCUGGAAAUUUCGAUCAUAAGACAUUGUGUCCAUCAACUGAACUUCUUGAUUGUGUCAGCAUAACAGCCAAAGUGUUGAAAUCCUCAGAGAAAACGUGCAGAUGUGUCCAUCUGCGAUUUAUUGCAACAACUGAAAAUCCCAACUGUGAUUGAGAACUCCAGAACAGCUGCUGGAAGGAACUUGUGGUGAGAAUAUUCUCUAAAUGCUGUUUUCAGGGUUUCCAGGUCUGAGAAGCAAAAGCCAAUGUGGAAGUGCCUUAAACUUGCGUUCUUUCUAACAGGCAGCAGGGGGCGACUCCUGCAGUUGCAAAAAGAAGCCUGGUUGUUCAGAAGGUCAUGAGAAAAUUAACCUACUUCUCCCUUGAUCUGUUACAUCAGUAGACAUUUUUCUUAUGAGUUUGUGGAGUCAAUCGCUAGUUUCUAGACUGUGGUCUAACUUAGAGUAAAACUGAUAAUAAAGUAGGGUACGUUUAAGGGUGGGGCUACCUUGUGAUCGACAGGUUGUUACUGAAUUGGCGAAUGUUUUGUCCUCGAGUUCUCAGUUAGAUCCACUUGUUACUUCUUCCGUCCAGUUUUAAAAGACCAAAAUAGCGACCGCCAAAUAUCAAACUCGAGGCUUUAAAACAGUAGCCCACAAACCAAUGGGCGACAUCAUGGUAGCUACAUCCGUCCAAUAUAUCUAGUCUGUGGCCGAGAAAGAACUUUGACCCUCAGGUUUAUUCAGGUUCCUGUAGGAAAUGCACAAACUGCAAUUUGAGCACUCAGGUGACAUAGACUAAAUUAAAAUAUUAAAGGAUCAGUUCACCUAAAUUUCAAAGUGAAACUACAUCUGCCUCUCUAAGUGGUGUGUAGCUAUGCAGGUGGCUUUCCGUUUCUGCGCACAAAUAACUUCUUGUGCCACUUAAACUCAAUAGUGUUGAAUGUCAUCUGUGUGAUUCUGAACACAUUGAGAAAAAAGUUCUGGUUUAUACUUCCAGAAUCCCUGUUUUGGUUACUUUGCAUAAUGCAGGUGAAGUUGUCAACAGGUGUCAUGUCACCUCCUUUUGAGGUGAAAACAGAAAUUGCAGAGGCCGAGUUCUUAAAAUGUGAAUAAAUAAAGCCAAAGCUAUCUGUGUUGUUAGAUGCCACCCGAAGGAAGUGAGGAAAUGUUGUUUUAUUUCGUGGCAUUUUGCAUGAACUGAACCUGUAAAUUUGACAAGGAAUGGGAAAAUAGGCAACCUUUACUAAUAUUCUGUAUAUGUUAUACUCUUGAGUCUGCAUGUAAUGUUUUUGACGGAUUGUGUAAAGCUCGGUCAGUAGCUCCUGGAUAAGUUCAACUGUGGUGAAGGACCGGGCUGACAGUUCACAGCUGCACUUCCAUGUUUUGUCCAUCGGGUGAUGCUGUGGAGUUAAGGAGGGAUCAGAAAAAAGGGACCUUACUGUUGUGAGAGCACUUUUACCUGUUGUUAACGCCUUGCGCCAAUAAAGACUGAUAUAUUUCUAAA